AUGUCUGCAACAGAAGUACGCGUCGGGUCUGGCCUGUCGACCAUGAAGGCGGUGAAUUAUCAAGGGGCCUUCAAAGUUAAGGUGGAUGACGUGCCGAUGCCCACAAUCGAGCAUCCUGACGACGUCGUUGUAAAGGUGACGACCGCUGCCAUUUGUGGUUCAGAUUUGCACAUGUACGAAGGACGUACCGGAGCCCAGGCCGGUAUCACUUUUGGCCAUGAGAAUAUGGGAAUUGUCGAGGAAGCUGGUCCAGGUGUUACUUUGCUGAAGAAAGGUGAUCGAGUCGUGAUGCCUUUCAACGUGGCCGACGGUCGAUGCCGUAACUGUGAAGAGGGCAAAACAGCCUUCUGUACGGGUGUCAACCCAGGUUUUGCCGGGGGGGCUUACGGAUAUGUCGCCAUGGGCCCCUACAGAGGAGGACAGGCUCAGUAUAUUCGCAUUCCAUAUGCCGACUUUAACGCUCUGAAGCUGCCACCAGGCAAAGAACAUGAGAGUGACUUUAUUCUUCUGGCGGAUAUCUUCCCCACGGGAUGGCAUGGAGUAUCACUCAGCGGGUUCAAACCGGGCGAGACUAUUGCCGUCUGGGGUGCGGGACCAGUCGGCCUAAUGGCGGCAUAUUCAGCAACACUGAGAGGUGCAAGUCGGGUCUAUGUUGUCGACAGAGUGCCUGAACGGUUGGCUGCGGCAGAGAAGAUCGGAUGCACACCCAUUGAUUUCAGCAAAGGGGAUGCCGUCGACCAGAUUUUGGAGAAGAACGGUGGCAUGGUGGACAGGGCAGUCGAUGCGGUGGGAUACCAGGCGGUGGAUACUGGAGGCCAGAAGGAGCAACCAAAUAUCGUCCUGGAGAACAUGAUCAGAGCAACGAGACCGUGCGGUGGACUGGGAAUUCCCGGUCUCUACGUGCCAACUGAUCCUGGUGCGCCGGACGAGGCUAGCGGAAAGGGAAUGAUCAGCAUGAGCUUUGGCAAGUUAUUUGAAAAGGGUCUUUCUCUCGCUACAGGCCAAUGCAAUGUCAAGCAGUACAAUCGGUAUUUGCGUGACUUGAUCAUUGCUGGCAAGGCCAAGCCGUCGUUCGUGGUCAGUCAUGAGAUUGGAAUCGAGGAUGCUGAGAUGGCGUACGACAAGUUCGACAAGAGAAUCGAAGGGUACACCAAGGUUCUGAUCCAUCCCAAUGGUCCAUUGUGA